AUGGGUGAUUUCUUGGAGAAUUUAGAAAGGAUUACCCUCGAGCUUGUGACGAACUUGGUCCGCGGCAAUGCCACCUUGAUGGUUCCCCGGAAUUCAUCCCCGAACACGACAACGCAGUAUCGACGAGUCAGCUAUAAUAAUCGCGGAAGUCGUCACAGUUUCUGCCUGCUGACUUUAAUGCUUUCCCGGGUCCACCGAUUGCAAGUGCAUGGCGGAAGCUUCACUGUCCGUGGUCUAUACUACAGUGAUCCCCAGCUGAUUCGGUCGCAAUCCAGGAUAGCGGAAGCCAGACUGGAUGUCUGUCGUAUGCUGAAUACCUCCCCCUUUAAUCUGGGGAUACUGGCCGCCUCCAAGGGCCUGAUGGCAGGCGAUAUACGGCUGCUGAUGACCAACGGAGAUAUUCUGGACGGCAGCUCAUAUGGUGGACCAAUGAUACUGCCCACGGAUCCCGAGAAGAUACAUCGUAUCGAGACGCAGGCGGACUUCGUGCUGAUCGUUGAAAAGGAGUCGGUGUUCGAGAGUCUUCUAUCCAGGAAUGUUUUUCGCACUCUCGAACGACGCUUCAUUCUGAUAACUGGCAAGGGAUACCCAGAUUGCUGCACAAGGAGGCUUGUCCAUCGACUGGCCGAGGAGAACCAAUUACCUGCAUACAUUCUCGUGGACGCCGAUCCCUUUGGCAUUGAGAUAAUGCUCGUCUAUCGCCGUGGCUCGCAGGCAAUGAGUUUUUCCAGCCAAGGACUCACCACACCUUCGCUGCGUUGGAUUGGCCUGCACCCCUCGGAGAUUACUGCCCUCGGCACUGGAGCGGUUGCCCUGGUUGCCGGCGACAACAAGAAAAUCAAUGACCUCCUCGCCCGCAGCGACUUGGAGCCGGGAGUGCGACAGGAACUGCGCAUGCUGCAGGACGUUCAGCUAAAGGCCGAAAUCGAGAGUGUCAUCGACUUCCUGGCCGACGACUAUAUACCGAACAAAAUCAAUCGGAACUUGUUUUUGUAGAGCUCGGUGGUAAACCCCAAGAGCCUAGC